AUGCAGGUCCUCAGGCCUUCGAUCGCGCAGGCUCCCCACAACCUCCGGUCUCCUGUAACAGUCGCGAGAUGGAACUCGUCGGCUGCACCUGCGAAGGAGACCGCGGCGCAUACCCCCGAAGCGAAGGAAAUUUCCUACGAUGAGUUGCUCCCGAAGACAACGAGCCCGAGCCUGGACGCGUACCUGAUCGACGUUCGUGAACCGAAUGAGACCGAGCAGGGCAUGAUCCCGUCCGCCGUCAACCUCCCUCUCUCCGAGCUCCCCAACUCCUUGCACCUUGGCUCCACCGACUUCAAGGCCAAGUACGGCUACGAGAAGCCCAGGAAGGACCAAGAGAUCACUUUCUACUGCCGCAGCGGCAAGCGUAGCACGACUGCCUGCGAGAUUGCAGCGCAGAACGGCUACAACAAUCUGCUCAACUAUAAGGGCUCCUGGCUUGAGUGGGUGUCGAAGCACUCGAACUAG